CCGCCCCUUCAACGGGUCUCAGAGCAGCCGUACUCAUUCCCAUCCCCGCUUUCCCUCUUUCCCAAAUUUCACCAGGACUCGAAGUUUCCAUCUUUUGUCCAGGACCUGACCGCCGCCUUUAAAACGUGUCUCAACUCCUACAAACUUCGUUGAUCGUCCCAAGUUUCCUCCUAACACUAGCUCCUCGGGUCUCUGCGGAACGGAACUGCACUUCCUGUAAGAUGGCCGCCCCCUUGGUGCUCCUCCGUCGUGGCUCACGGGCGCCGCCAUCUCUCUCGUUUUGCCCAAAAGACAAAAUAGAAUCCAGUUCGCGCCGCCACGGCCUUGGAUAGGGUUCAGCCUCUAAAAAAUUAUUCAGCCUAGUGCUUCUGACCGACAACGAAGAGGGAAAGGGAAGGAGGUGUCCAAAAGUGAUUUCAAUUCUUCCCGCUCUGAGCCGUAGCCUCCAUCAUGACCGUUUCCUCCCUGAUCGUUGAGAUGGGCGUGGCCACGUUACGUCAUAGAGCUCGUCGUGGGGCCCGAACUCCAAAACGCCGAAAGGCUCUGAGGUCGGGCCGGCCGGAGGCGUCCCUAGCGACAGCCAGAGAGAGGAUUCGGGCGCGACAGCGGGGGAGUGGGAAUCAUUUUGGAAAUGAAUUCAGCCGUUGGCAGCUGGCGGGAACCUUGAGAAUCUCAGCAGCAGGUUCACGCGACACAAGUGAAAACAUCUCUGUUACCUGAAACGCUGAUCUCCAGUGCAAACCAUUGUUCCUUAGAAUCAAGUGAAGUAAGGAGAAGGAAGUUCCAGAACCAGGAAAGCAUCACUUCUGGGGAUGCCAUUAAUUUGGGAUGUGAGAGCUAUGACCAGAAUUUGAGUGACAAUCUAGAAAAGUAAAAAAAGAAGAAUCCCAGUUCCAGUCAUUUUCUAAGAACAGAAGAAAAUGACCAAGGUCCAGGAAUCAUUAUUAUUUGAAGAUGUAGCUGUGGAGUUCACCCGGGAGGAGUGGAGGCUACUAGACCCUGCUCAGAAGGACCUGUACCAGGAUGUGAUGCUAGAAAACUAUAGCAACCUGCUGUCCGUGGGGUAUCAAAGUCCCAAACCAAUUCAAAUCUUCAAGUUGAAGCAAAGAGACAAACCAUGGUUAGAAAAGGAAAAUAUCCACGGUCAGAACUUUCCAGAAGUUGGAGAAAUUGGUGAUCAUAUGCAGUGGUCUUUGGAAAUCCAAAACAAGCGUAAAAAUAUGGAAAGAGGCCGUGAACAGAGUUCAUCGGGAAAUGUGUUUCAUCUGCGUAGAAAUCUUGUUACUUUAAGGCAAAGCCAUGAUAAGUUUGAUGUACUGAACUCUAAUUUAGAUUUAGUUAACCAGAAUAAAAGCUGUGUAGCGAAGAAUCCUGACAAGUUUAAUAAAUAUGAGAAAUUGUUUCUUCGUACUAAGCAUGAAAAACGUUACACUGGAGUUAAAUGCAAUAAAUAUGGAAACACCAUCUGCACCAAUUCGAAAUUCAGUAUACAUCAAACUGAAAAACGAAAGAAACAUGAGUGUAUUGAAUGUGGUAAAACCUUCUUCAAAAAGUCUCAACUCACUGUACAUCAGAGAACUCAUACAGGAGAGAAACCAUAUAAAUGCCUUAAAUGUGGUAAAGCCUUCUGUAGGAAAGCAGAGCUCAAUAUACAUAUGCAAGUGGAAAGAGGAAUAAAACCCCAUGCAUGUAGUGAGUGUGGGAAAACCUUCUCCAGGAAAUCUCAGCUCCUUGUACAUCAGAAAACUCAUACGGGAGAGAAACCCUAUACAUGCAGUGAAUGUGGAAGAGGCUUCAUCCAGAAGGGUAAUUUUCUUAUACAUCAGCGAAUUCAUACUGGAGAAAAGCCCUAUGGAUGCAAGGAAUGUGGUAAAGCCUUCAGUCAUAAGCCAUGUCUCGUUGCACAUCAGGUAUUUCACACUGGAAAUCCUCCCUAUGUAUGCACUGAAUGUGGAAGAGCUUACUUUCAAAAGUCGAGUCUCAUUAGACAUCAAAGAGGUCAUACAGAAGAGAAACGCUAUAAAUGCAACGUAUGUGGGAAAGGCUACUCCACGAAGUCAAUACUCAGUAGACAUCAGAGAGUUCAUACAGGAGAGAAACCCCAUGGAUGCAGCAAUUGUGGGAAAGCCUUCUGCCACAAGUCCUCCCUCACUAAACAUAAGAAAACUCAUAUGAAAGAGAAAUAUGUGGAUUCAGUCAAGAUGGAGAAUGAUUUUCUUGGGAACCACAGGUCAUUAUGCACCACAGAACCCGUACAGGAGAAAAACUCUGUUGAAACAAUGACAGUGCAAGGGCCUUCUGUGGCCGUGCAGACAUCAUUAAAUAUCAGUGGGUUCCUAGCCCAAGGGAAUGUAGUCCUUGUGGGACAGCCUGUUGCCAGAUGUGUACCCUCAGGAAAUAACAGAGAAUUUGUACAGGAGAGAAACCUCAUGAAUGCAGUAAAUGUGAUAGUGCCUUCAGUUACCAAUUAUGUCUUACUUUAUGUCACAGGAAACGUGUAGGGAAGAUUUGGUACGUUGAGUGUGGAAAAGCCUGUAGAUCAAAGUUUUAGCUUUUUAUAUAGUUGAAAACUUUCACUGAGAGAAUGCUAAUGAAUGUAGUGAUAAUGGGAAGAUAUACCUCAUUAAGUAUCAGUGGCUCUAAGUAGGUUGAAUUGUAACAAGCUUGACUUCAAAAUCAUCAGUAAAUUCACAUCAGAAAUUUCAGGAAGGCAGUUGUAUCAAGUCCCUAAGACCACCCUCACAUUUGAUUAUUCUCUAAAAGCAGUCACUAAACUCAUAAAAGCUGCUAUACUUACUGUUACAGUUUAUGACAGUGAAGAGUUACAAAUU